CGCUUUUCCGGAAAGAUGGAAAAAUUAUUAGUUACCGCGUCAUUUUCGUUAGUUAUUUCUUUCUCCUAAAUUCCGAUAGUGAUAUUGAUCAAUCAGAUACAACAGAUUUGCGUGAUUGUAUGUUUCUAUACUUUUUAUGUUUCGAGUGGAAGUGCUUUUGCUUUGAAAAGAAAAAUUAAAAAAACAAAACUGGUGUAGAAAAUUUAAUUAGAAGAAUGAUCUACAUUGUCAUAUUGUUUUCCCCACAAUUGAUGAAUAUAAAGAGAGACAAUAUAUUAUAGUCAAAGCGUAUUUAUAUUUAAAAUGUGGAGAAAUAAUCGUGACGCGUUUUUCUCGUGUUGAUGCUCUUUAGUGCAUUUCUUUCAUGGAUAAACCGCGAAAUAAUUAUUUUCUAGAUGGGAAUGUGCAAGAUACAGAAAAAGAUAUGCUUGCAUCUCGGAUCGAUUUAUAUAGAACGAGAUCUAUAGAUUCUAGAUCUCUCAGAAUCAAUUGUUGAAUGUCGCAGAUGUUUAUUCUUAUUUUGCCGAGUCAGCAAUGUUAGCAAAUCAAUGCUCAUCAGUUCUCAUAUUGAAAUUGAACUGGAUUGAGUAGCGAAGUCGUUCAAUGACCUAUUGGCUGAGCUUGACUGAGGAUAAACGCAUCUCAUGAAAAAAAGGAAGAAAAAAAAAGAAAUUAGCCUUGCAGUUUUGACAAGAGAUCUCUUCGAUAACAUAUUGUGCUAGAAUUCUUAAUGUCAGUGAGAUUACAUUUCUGAAAGAUUGAUGAGUUAGUUGUUGUAUGCUGAUACUUUGUAAAAAUAUUGAGAUCUACACUUCCAAGAUAUUUGUUCUAUAAGUUUUCGAUUCUUUAAAUGGGAAACAAAACAGUGUGAAACAGUUUUAAUGGAUCGAUGCAAGAAAUUUUUUAUCAGAAGGCGCACUGAACCUCCUCUUGAUGAUUUAGAGACUGAACUUGAAAGAAAAGAACGAUGGAAAAGUAUUUACAUAAUUUAUUUUACUAUGUUUCUAAUGUCACUUGGCUUCAGUAUUAUACUUACUGGUGUUUGGCCAUAUUUAGACAAGUUGGAUCCUACGGCAGGAAAAGAAUUUAUGGGUUAUGUAGUGGCGGCUAAUCCAUUAGGACAAAUGCUGUUUUCGCCUCUGGUGGGCUGGUGGGGUAAUAAAAGAGGAUCAGUAAGAUUACCACUUUUAGUAACCUUAGCGAUGUUCACUGUUGCGUCAGCAUCUUACAGUAUCCUUGAGUUGAUACCAGGUGACAAAAAAAGUUAUAUGGUUAUUGCCAGAUUCUUCGUUGGAGUUAGUUCUGCUAAUAUUGCUGUAGCAAGAUCUUAUCUAUCUGCAGCCACAAAACUUUCAGAACGUACACGUGCAGUUUCUAUGGUAUCUCUUGCACAGGUGCUAGGUUUUGUGGUGGGUCCUGCAUUGCAAGCUGCUGUAACACCUCUUGGAGACCAUGGUGUAACUCUCGUGAUGCUGCCUAUAAACAUGUAUACGGCGGCUGGUUGGAUUAAUGUAAUAAUGGGAAUUUUCAAUUUUAUUUUAUUCCUUCCAUGGUACUUCAAGGAAUAUAAAAUUGCUAUAAAAGAAGCUAUGCGCAAUGAGGGCACAGCUACAGAAAAAGAAACGUGGAAAGCUAUAAAACCUGACUAUUUAGCAUCAUGGACUUUAAUUUGUGCAUUCUUUGUUUUGGUCUUUAAUUUUGUUCUUCUUGAGACACUCGGUACUUCUCUCACUAUGGAUCAGUUUGCUUGGUCUAAAAAGGAAGCACUAUAUUAUAUGGGAAUAUUGAUGAGUGUUGGAGCUAUAAUAGCUUGUAUUACAUUUACUAUGAUUGGACCACUCUGUAAAAGAUUUGAAGAACGUAAAGUAAUGAUGUGGGGUGGAUUCUUUUUUAUGUUGAUUGGGCGAGUACUGUGUAUUCCAUGGGGCCCCAAUCCUCCCCAAAUUGCAGAUUUUGGACCGUACAAUAAUAUCACGGUAGACGCCAAUGGUACAGAAAUCUUAGGAUGUCCAAUUACUCAAGAAUGGUGCCUGUAUACUCCGCAACUGACAAUUACUCAAUUCUUUAUCGGUUAUGGCUUUACAUCGAUAGGUUAUCCCCUGGGGGUUACUUUGAUACAAAUUAUAUUUAGCAAGAUUCUCGGCCCGCGACCGCAAGGAGUAUGGAUGGGCUUAAUGACAGGUGCGGGUUGUGCAUCUCGUGUUUUAGGCCCAGUGUUUGUAGGCCUCAUUUAUACUCGCUUGGGCACAUAUCAUACUUUUGGUAUUACCGGCGCAAUGUUGCUUAUUUCCAUGUUGUGGUUACAAUUUGUAAGUGAACGUUUGAUUUCACCGGAGGCGAAAAAAAACGAUAAUGCGCCGAAUAGGCAAGGGAAAGAUGUCGAAAUUCCAUUAGUUCAUUUAAGGUCUGAUAAUACUCAAACAUCGCGUGAAACUGUGAAGUUUAAUGGAACAUCAGAUUGUGAUUGCGAAAAAGUAUAAUGAUAAUAAUGAGGUUGAGGUAAAGAAAUUAUCUCUGCAAACAAUACAAUAUAUACAACUGCCACAACAUAUUGUAUAUAAACAUUAACAAAUGCUAUUUCGAUAAUGAUAAGCACACACAAACUGAUUUAUAUUUUUUAUGAAUAUAUAUAGAUUAUUAUUAUGCAAUCGUUAAAUGCAUAAAUAUUUUAUAUACAAUGUUACAUAUUUUUCUACAUAUAGUUAAGAAUAAGUGCCUCUAUUCUGAAUUCUUAGAGAUGAACAAUAAUUGAAGAUAAGAGAAAAUCUAUAAUACUCAAAA